CAUUCCUCCACUAUAAAAACGCGCGCCUCAUUACCAACGCCCGCAUCGUGAUUCCAGAGAGCGGAAAAAUCAGAGCAGGCGAUGGGCUUGAAGGAAGAGUUCGAAGAGCAUGCUGAGAAGGCCAAGACUCUACCAGAGAAUACCUCAAAUGAGAACAAACUGAUCCUCUACGGGCUUUAUAAACAGGCCACUGUUGGGCCAGUCAACACCGCUCGCCCGGGUAUGUUCAACAUGAAAGACAGAGCCAAAUGGGAUGCAUGGAAGGCUGUUGAAGGAAAAUCCAAGGAUGAAGCCAUGAGCGACUACAUCACCAAGGUGAAGCAGUUGCUGGAAGAAGCUGCUGCUAAUUGAGCUGCGUAGUGCUCUACUACUUGCUUGGCUGUUGUGUGAUAGAUAGUAAUCAGUGUUCAACUCAAAUUGUAAUAUGCUUGCAAGCAUAUUUAGUUGAACUUCCUGUUUUAUGCUUUCCAUAAAAAUUAGCCAUUCGAGCUAUCCGUUAUUACGUGUAAACGAACUCAUCGUUUAUGCUGGUGUUAGAAUUUGAAGUUGAGCGUAUGGAUUCGAUAUUCAGCCUCCUGUGAA